GCAGUGCGCCGACGAGGCCGGUGACGUCCGGUGCAGUCCAAGAUGGCGCGAGGCCGGGCCCGCCGCGGGUGAGAGUCCCGGCAGGCGUGUGCGGGGAAGGCCUGGGGCUGCGGAGCACUGGCCGCCUCGCCACCUCUGCCCUCGGUCGUCUUCAGGUGACGGGAGUGCCGCCGACGCCCUCCUGCCGUCCCUCGGGAGACCCUGCGGCGCUCCCCGCAGCCGCGGCCAUGUCCGGACCCGGCAACAAGCGCGCCGCGGGCGACGGGGGCUCGGGGCCCCCGGAGAAGAAGCCGAGCCGCGAGGAGAAGACCACCACCACGCUGAUAGAGCCCAUCCGCCUGGGCGGCAUCUCGUCCACGGAGGAGAUGGACCUCAAGGUGCUGCAGUUCAAGAACAAGAAACUAGCAGAGCGGCUGGAACAGCGGCAGGCUUGUGAGGACGAGCUCCGAGAGCGGAUCGAGAAGCUGGAGAAGCGGCAGGCCACAGAUGACGCCACGCUCCUCAUUGUCAAUCGCUACUGGGCCCAGCUGGAUGAAACUGUGGAAGCCCUUCUCCGACACCAUGAGAGCCAGGGGGAGCUGUCUGGAGGGACAGAGGCGCCUGGGACCCAGGAGGGGCCGACGCGUGAUGAGACCCCUCUCACAGAGCCAGGGACGUCGGACCUGAGGGAGCCCCUGCCCGUGCAGCUGCGGCCCCCGCUCAGUGAGCCAGCAUUGGCUUUUGUGGUGGCCCUGGGCGCCAGCAGUAGUGAGGAGGUGGAGCUGCAGCUGCAGGGCCGGAUGGAGUUCUCCAAGGCCGCCGUGUCCCGAGUCGUAGAGGCCUCAGACCGCCUGCAGCGCCGGGUGGAGGAACUCUGUCAGCGAGUGUACAGCCGAGGGGACAGUGAGCCCCCCGGUGAGGUGGCUCGGGCACGCACCCGGGAGCUGGGUCGUGAGAACCGGCGGCUGCAGGACUUGGCCACGCAGCUACAGGAGAAGCACCACCGCAUCUCAUUGGAGUACUCUGAGCUCCAGGAUAAAGUGACAUCAGCAGAGACCAAGGUGCUGGAGAUGGAGACGACGGUGGAGGACCUGCAGUGGGACAUUGAGAAGCUGCGCAAGCGUGAGCAGAAGCUCAAUAAGCACCUGGCGGAAGCCUUAGAGCAGCUCAACUCUGGCUACUAUGUGUCUGGGAGCUCCUCCGGCUUCCAGGGGGGCCAGAUCACACUCAGCAUGCAGAAGUUUGAGAUGCUGAAUGCGGAGUUGGAGGAGAACCAAGAACUGGCCAACAGCCGGAUGGCAGAGCUGGAGAAGCUGCAGGCCGAACUUCAGGGAGCUGUGCGGACCAACGAGCGCCUCAAGGUGGCCCUGCGGAGCCUUCCUGAGGAGGUGGUGCGGGAAACGGGGGAGUACCGAAUGCUGCAGGCCCAGUUCUCGCUGCUCUACAACGAGUCUCUGCAAGUGAAGACGCAGCUUGAUGAGGCCCGGGGGCUGCUGCUGGCUACCAAGAAUUCCCACCUGAGACAUAUUGAGCACAUGGAGAGCGAUGAGCUGGGGCUGCAGAAGAAGCUGCGCACGGAGGUCAUCCAGCUGGAGGACACGCUGGCCCAGGUACGCAAGGAGUACGAGAUGCUGCGCAUCGAGUUCGAACAGAACCUGGCGGCCAACGAGCAGGCGGGACCCAUCAACCGGGAGAUGCGCCACCUGAUCAGCAGCCUCCAGAACCACAACCACCAGCUGAAGGGGGACGCCCAGCGGUACAAGCGGAAGCUGCGGGAAGUGCAGGCGGAGAUCGGCAAGCUCCGGGCCCAGGCCAGCGGCUCAACCCACUCCAUCCCCAGCCUGGGCCACCCAGAGGACUCCAGCCUCAGUGCCCCGGCCCCAGGGAAAGAAGAGGGUGGGCCAGGCCCUGUCACUGCCCCUGACGGCAGAAAGGAGAUGGCUUCAGUGCCUGGUGCCACCACCACUGCCUCCUCGGUGAAGAAGGACGAGCUGGUCCCCUCUGAGGAGGAUGCCCAGGCCCUAACUCCUGGGUCCCAGGGCUCCUCUUCUCGGGGCCGAGAACCUGAGCCCAGGCCCAAGCGGGAGCUUCGGGAGCGGGAAGGGCCUGGCCUGGGACCCCCAUCUGUAGCCUCAGCUCUCUCAAGGGCUGAUCGGGAGAAGGCCAAGGUGGAGGAGGCCAAGAGGAAGGAGUCAGAGCUCCUCAAAGGUCUCCGAGCAGAGCUCAAGAAGGCCCAAGAAAGCCAGAAGGAGAUGAAGCUGCUGCUGGACAUGUACAAGUCAGCACCCAAGGAACAGCGGGAUAAGGUGCAGCUCAUGGCAGCUGAACGCAAGGCCAAGGCUGAGGUUGAUGAGCUGCGGAACCGUAUUCGGGAACUGGAGGAGAGGGACAGGCGGGAAAGCAAAAAAAUCGCCGACGAGGACGCCCUGCGGCGCAUUCGGCAGGCGGAGGAGCAGAUCGAGCACCUGCAGCGCAAGCUGGGUGCUACCAAGCAGGAAGAAGAGGCUCUGCUGUCCGAGAUGGAUGUGACCGGCCAGGCUUUCGAAGACAUGCAGGAGCAGAACGGGCGGCUGCUGCAGCAGCUUCGGGAGAAGGAUGACGCCAACUUCAAGCUGAUGUCGGAGCGGAUCAAGGCCAACCAGAUUCACAAGCUGCUGCGGGAGGAGAAGGACGAGCUGGGCGAGCAAGUUCUGGGGCUGAAGUCCCAGGUGGAUGCCCAGCUGCUGACCGUGCAGAAGCUGGAGGAGAAAGAGCGGGCCUUGCAGGGCAGCCUUGGGGGUGUGGAGAAGGAGCUGACGCUGCGCAGCCAGGCCCUGGAGCUCAACAAGAGGAAGGCUGUGGAAGCGGCCCAGCUGGCCGAGGAUUUGAAGGUGCAGCUGGAGCACGUGCAGACGCGGCUGCGAGAGAUCCAGCCCUGCCUGGCGGAGAGCCGGGCUGCUCGUGAGAAGGAGAGCUUCAAUCUCAAGAGGGCUCAGGAGGACAUCUCACGGCUGCGGCGCAAGCUGGAGAAGCAGCGGAAGGUGGAGGUGUACGCGGACGCCGAUGAAAUCCUCCAGGAGGAGAUCAAAGAGUACAAGGCGCGGCUGACCUGCCCCUGCUGUAACACCCGCAAGAAGGACGCGGUCCUUACCAAGUGCUUCCACGUCUUCUGCUUCGAGUGUGUGCGGGGCCGCUAUGAGGCCCGCCAGAGGAAGUGCCCCAAGUGCAACGCGGCCUUCGGUGCCCACGACUUCCACCGUGUCUACAUCAGCUGAACCCGCAACUCAGGGGACUUCGGAACACCCACGGACCCGGGGGCUGUGCCUCCAGUCCCUCCCUACCCCACGUUCAGUGGCCCCUACGCUCCAUUCCAGACCCUGUGGGCCCAGCCCCUCUCCACCUCAUUGGUUUGGGGGUCCCAGUGCAUGCUGAUGGGAGUAAGAUCUGUCACGUUCCAUUCUGUCUUCUCCCCACAGUCAGAGAUGUAGCCUGGGGCGCAGCUGCCCUGCAGGAGGGGUCUGCUCUGAGCAGCUUGUGGAGCCUGGAGCACUCACCUGAGCUUCCCGGAAGCUGGCCCUAGCCCUUCUCCACAGGCUGACUCCUAGUCCCCUGUCUCCACGGGCCCAUCCUAGUCCAAAGGGUGUGAUCCCCCAGGCUGUGACCUCCUACCCAAGAGAAUGCUCAUUUGCUACCUGCUUACCCACAAGUGAGGACCAAGGGUGGGCCACUUUCCCCAGCCCCUCAACUCUAGGGCCCAGGGAGACUUUCCACACUUGGGUGGGGCUUCCCUCCUGUGGACUCCCCUGGGCUCUUUGGUCUGGCUCCUACGCUAAGGGCCUAAGGAGGUACCCCCUGGGUGGGGGGCACGGUCCUCUUUUGGGGGGAUUCCGGCUGCUGCGGUCGCCUUGCGCUCAUCUCCGGAGUGCUGAAGCGAGAUCAUCAGUUUCUAUUCCGAUCAGCCUCCCCCACACCAUCUCUGUUUCUUUUCCAAACCCACUCACCUGCCCCCGUCCCGUGCUUCCCAAGACUCCACUGGGUCCCCAGCCUGACCCUGCUUUCAUCUUGAUGGCCUUAACUGCAGUGGAGGCGGAGUUUCCCAGGAGGGGAAGGGACAGACGAGGGGCUGGGCCAACUUCCAAUCAUUCCAGGUGGAGGAGCUUCAUCGAACACCCUGUGACUGAGCCUGUCCCCAUGAUGCUUCCUGUGCCGCCUGCCCAAGCAAACGCCCAUGGGGUGCGAAGGCGGCAGACGGCGGCCUGGAAGGUGGAGCUGCUGGCAGGUGCAAGGGCCCGUUCGGACCUGCAGGCCCUGCUCUAGAGAGCUCUUGUACAGGCUGUUAAUUGUUAUGAAUAAACGUCCCCCUCUUCCUGCCCUAAA